GAGUCGGAAGGAACAUCGUAGCUGUGCUCGUUGUUGGCGACGUCGAGGAAGCGAUCGUACGUGUUGAAACCCGCAACGAAAAGAAACCAUGAGGUCCCUCUUGGCGCUCGCCUUUCUCGCCGUCGCCGCCAACGCGCUCUACUACGAGACGAAACCGGAGCUUGGGAAGUACCAGGACGAGGCUGAGUGCUUCCCGUACGAGGAGCACUGGUACGUGAUCUACCGCACGUUCGAGCACGAUCCCUACCUUGGCGAUGGCAAGUGCGCGUACCUCAGUCAGACCAAACCUCUGGUGAAUGGAACCGCAGAGGCACAUCUCAAGCAACGCACCGGCGAGGUUGUUGACUUCAAAACGGAACUGCACAAGACGGAGGGAUACAAAUACUACAACAAGCACAACGUGACCCUUCUGAGCGGACCAAAGAAAGGCCACAGCUUCUACCUGUACACCGCGUACUCAGACUGCUACGAAUGCAAGGUCUACAGGCACCCGUAUGCUGGCGAGAAUGCCUGCUCGCUGGUGGUGCCUGCUCACAAGAAGAACCACCUGACCCACUCGUGCAAGUUCAUCUUCCACCUCCUCUGCGGACACAGCUACCAGGCCGUUUACGACGAGACCUGCCACUGAGCUCACUGAACUCGCCGCUGGAUCGGGCGCACGGCCCCGUAUAGCAUGGAACACUUACGCUGCAAUUACCCCCCGCUGCCUGGUCUCUACUUGCAUACUGUGGCAUCCAAUACCAAUAAAGGCAUUAGUCGUCGCUGUA